CCGCAGGGAGCGGACGGUUUAUGUAAUUGGACCUUACAUAAUGGUCUUUAGCACAUUGCUUUUGUUAGCACUGCUGCCGGGUUUUAACGUGGCCUGGGCUGGAGUGGUGAACGGAUGCGGGUGGGUGACCUGGGCAGAAGCAGGGGAGUCUGCACACUGCAGCUGGGUAGAAACCCAAGGAUGUCAGAAUUGUAGUUAUGGGCAGUGAGUAAGGGUGGUUCAGAAAUGUGCUCCAGGACUGAUUGAUGACACCUGACUUUAGGCGAACGUGUGUCUAAAUGAUACUGGGUAACUGCUGCUAGGAAAAACCCCACCGCCUUGCUGUGUGUCAGCCAGCUGAUGUGAACAGGGCUGUAAGAACAUUCUGUGUUACUGAAGGAAGGUGCUCUUAUUUGUGGAUUGACUUAUGAUGUCAAGAACUGUAUCAUCCUGGAUCUUAAGCUCAGCAAGAAACAGCAUUGUUUUACAAGGAAAAGGACGUUUGUACUCCAUCUGUAUUCCAGAUAGAAACAAGAUAAAAUGGAAGCUUAUUUUCUCCAGAACACAUCUCUACCCUGCUGGGAGCUGCAGCUUAGACAAUACUUUCUCCUUAAAAAAAGCAUUCCGACACACUUCCACCGAAGAAGAACAUUUCUCUUUCCAGUUGUCUCCAUCACAGAUCAAUGAUAUACUCAGAGCAGGUGAAUUAUCCCAUAAAAUACUGGAUUUGAAUGGUAAAAAUGCAAAUUCUGUGUUGAGGUUCGAAAGUAACCAGUUGGCCUCCAACGCCCCUAUUGAAGACCGCAGGAGUGCAGCCACUUGCUUGCAGACCAAAGGGAUGCUGUUUGGAGUCUUUGACGGUCAUGCAGGUUCUGCCUGUGCUCAGGCCGUGAGCGAGAGGCUGCUUCAUUAUAUAGCGGUUUCUCUCAUGUCCCGGCAAACCUUGGAAGAGAUCGAGCUUGCUGUGGAGUGCAUGAAACCAGUUCUGCCUAUUCUGCAGUGGCACAAGCAUCCAAAUGAUGUAGAGUACCGAGAAGUAACUUCACAGUAUUUUGAAAACCUCCGAGUUUACUGGCAACAUUUACUGGACCUAGACACUGAGCCAGGAUUUAGUUUAGAAGAAGCCCUGAUAUGCGCGUUCAAAAGGUUAGACUCAGACAUAUCACUGGAAGUUCAGGCACCCCAGGAAAAUGAAUUGAUGAGAAAUAUUGCCCUUCAAGUAGCUUUUUCUGGUGCGACAGCCUGUGUAGCUCACAUUGACGGUGUUCACUUGCAUGUUGCAAAUACUGGUGACUGCAGAGCAAUUUUAGGCGUUCAAGAAGAAGAUGGAACGUGGUCUACUCUCCCUCUAACCCGAGACCACAAUGCCUUUGAUGAAUCUGAAAUUGGAAGACUGAAGAGAGAACAUCCUAGAUCUGAGGAGAAAACCUUAUUUGUGAAUGACAGAUUACUGGGAAUUCUUAUGCCCUCCAGAGCUUUUGGAGAUGUGCAAUUAAAAUGGAGCAAAGAACUGCAACACAGUGUUCUUGAGAAUAGCUGUGAUGUUGAGGCUUUAAAUAUUUAUCAGUAUGUUCCUCCAAACUACCAUACACCCCCUUAUUUAACUGCAGAGCCUGAAGUCACGUACCACAAGUUAAGAAGCAAGGAUAAGUUUCUAGUGAUUGCUUCGGAUGGACUAUGGGAGAUGCUAAGUAAUGAGAAGGUUGUAAAACUUGUUGCUGAACACCUUACAGAGCUUAAUAUGCAGAAACCACAACUGGCUUUUGAGAAACCAGUUAAUUUGGGUUACAUGCACAGCUUGUUACUUCAAAGGAAAAACAGAGGCAUUGCCUCACUUGAUCAGAACAUAGCUACUCAUUUAAUAAGGCAUGCAAUUGGGAGUAAUGAGUAUGGGGAGGUGGACCAAGAGAAACUUGCUGCAAUGCUGACACUGCCUGAAGACCUUGCAAGAAUGUACAGAGAUGAUAUCACAGUUACUGUGGUGUAUUUUAAUUCAGAGAAAAUUGAAAAUGACUACAGAGACAAUGAAUAGAGACUUGCACUGCUGCUGUUCUGUACCACUAGCCGACUUUGAUACUGAAGCCGUUACUAGUUUUCUCUGACAGUCAAGCUGUUACCAGUGUUAUGGUCUGGAAGUUCCUAAAUACUUUUGUUACUUACUAGUCUUGGAAAUAACUUUCUAGAAGUGAGUUUGGUGAAAGUUCUGUGAGUUUCUAGGUCUACAGACACUGAAAAAAAAAUAUUUUGAUAAAAGUUCACUGAAAUGUAACUGAACUAACAAUUGCUGAUACAGUUCUGAUUCCAUGGGAACCACUGGUAAAACUUCCCAAAUGAACAAACAAGACAAAUUUAACUGAGACUGGUACAAUUUGAUAGAAAUGGAUAAUAAUUGUAGCUGCAUGGAGUGUAAGAAAGGCUCUGCUCUUGUGGAAAAUGAGUAGCAUCCUAUUGAAGCAUGGUAAUUGAAUUAAAUAAAUAAACUACUAAACCUUUA